CCCUUUUACGCACCGACUUUACAGUCCUCACCCUGCUCACUCCUGCCUCACUUUAAACUCUGACUUGUGGUGGGAGAGCACACUUUGCUGGAUUACACACAUCCAUCACAGGAGUACUGGUUUAAUUUUUCCCAGAGCUGUAAGGCUCAACAGACGAACGCAACAUGGGGAGCAGGGUUUCAUGUGUCCCCGAGAACAACUUCAGAUCCUCCAGCAAGAGUUUCAUUCGCAGGAACAGCAGUCGUCUGUUUCGCAAGAAGAAUCCCCAAGAGGGACAGGAGAAGUCAAACAGCAUCAUCAACAUCCCGUACAUAACCUCACCCACAAAGAAAAUGUCUCCUGAAGACCUUCGGACGAUCAAAAACAUCGAGUGGAACCCUCCGUUUCCUUACGAUCCCGUCAAUGGUUGGAAAAAGAGCAGCAUCAACGUGAAGAACUACGGCCGGAUGAUUCACAGCUCCAAAGUUCGUUUUCGCUUCCUGCACUGCCAGGAUAUACAUGACUGCUACUUGGAUCUCUUUGAAACACAUCUUCAUUUUGUCUCCAACAACCCAACAGGACUCACAUACCAGGGGACUCUUCCACUGAAAGAACUCACCAUUUGCAACGUACAACAGAACUGCAAUCACAGUCAGCCCCAAGAAUUCACAUUCCAGAUAAACGGUGUCAGCCUUAACUCCAUUAUUGUCUACUGUGCCAACCAAAAAGAAAUGGACUACUGGUUUGGCCUUCUAAAAGACAACAUCGAGGCCAACGGAGGGACUGCAAUUACGCCUGAAACCUACACAAGAAUGAGAAUACAUCAGAGUUCUGAAGGAAGAGAAGAGCUGAGGAAUUCCAUCUACAGAGAGCCCAUCUAUGAAUGGGAGGGCUCUCAGCGGGACAGCCUGGGUCAGAUCACUUAUGUCACCAAAGUUCGAUUGCAGCAUCUGCCCUGCCAGGAACAGAGCGACAGACUGCUGGUGAUGUAUCCUUCAACUCUGAUCAUCUUAUCUGAGGAGAGCGAUGGCCUCUUCUAUAAGGGAAAACUUCCACUCAACAUGAUCACGGUCACGACGCCUUGUCAAGAUGUCAAGCCUAAUACCUUCAUGAUUGAAGGGAAGCUGAUCAACUCCAUAGUAGUGUCCUGUCUGGACCGGAGCGAGUUCUGUCAGUGGAUACAGCAUUUGAAAUCUGCUGAUGUGCCCGUCAUGACCCCCCCACCCCCAGUUUAUGACAUCAUCUACACGCCAACAUCCACAGAGGGUCCAAAGUUUGAUAGAUGGAGCGGAAACAGUCAAGUAAGAGUGGAGUCCAACUUUGGCCAGUCAUCAAGUACUCAUGGGUCCCAAAACCUUCAGCCACCUAUGAGUGAUGGAAACCCCCUGUCUCUAGGAUACACUGAACCACUCUGUUACCACUCCAGCCGUCCUUCCUCUACUGAGACUGCCAGACUGGGCAGUAGAACCAAUAGCAUGUCCUCACAGACGAGGCAGGAGCAUCGGCCUUUGUCAAUACGCUACUCCUCCCCCCAGCAGAGCUCCUACCAGCAACCUGCAGACACAUCGGAGCUUUACAGCACACCUUACCGGAACAGCCCACAGCGACUUGAGAAAUCCCCACUGGUCAAGUCAAACAGCUGGAGCACACCACAGACGUCCUUGAACUAUUCCCUGAACCCCCCGCAGCGCCACUCAGCGAACCCGCGACAGCUACUGUCGCCUUUGUACGACGAGCCCUGCAGUCCAGAAAUCUACUCCUUGGAGGAGGCUAGAGAGCUAAGCUGGCAGGAGCCGAUUCAGCAUCAGCCCCUCUACCACCAGAACGUGCAGCUCCACCCCUCCUCCUUCCAACUCUGCAACCCACCAAUGGGUAGACGCUGUGGGAAAGGCCCUGCUGAGACGGACGCGUCUUUAAGGGAAGCAGAGCAGCGAGCACAGGCUGUGUUGAAGUUAAAACUUCUGCCUGUUCCCGGUCAAGUGCAGGAGCAGAUGCAUCUCCCAUCAAGCUCUGCCAGAAGCAACACUCAGAUGUCUUACUCAUACUCACCAGAUCGCCAUUCGUACCUUGAACCCAGAGAACCAGAUGACCAGGAAGUGGACUAUGACAACAUUUGGGAAUUUGACAAUGAGACUGGAAUGAUUCAGCCGGCUUCUGGAAUUUCAGCGCAGUGGACAGGAUUAAACUUUGGGGCCCAAGGCCUUGGUGCCAUGGCGACCCAGCAGAAAUGGCCAUAAAACAAAACAGUCAUCCGGCACUCGUCUGGACGUGUGGAAACAACAGAUCGCUAUCAGCCGGAUCAUAAAAGCCAACUCGUUCAUCCAGCAUUGCUCCCGGUGUGUACAGUGUGAAGCAACAAGUACCAGGAGCUUAAGAAGUUUAAGAGUAAAAAAAAAA